CUUCUGUGACAGAUGAUAAAGUAUUAUGGCUUGGCCUCUUACUUUUUGGCCUUUUUAAACAUUAUUUUUUUAAAUUAUCUCUUUAAUUUGAAUAACGACCACUGAUGGUAGUGGUAGGCACAAUGCAAGGAUCUAGAAUACUUGUUGCCAGGAAACUUCCUGAUGCUGCCAUGGAUUUGCUUAAAGAAUCAAGACACACGAUUGAUAUUUGGCCAUACUCUGAGGUACCCAUUCCUAGACAGACACUACUUGAAAAGGUUUCUGGCAUCGAUGGACUUUUAUGCCUGAUAACUGACAAGAUAGAUAGUGAAUUAUUAGAUGCGGCAGGAAAGCAGUUGAAGGUUGUGAGCACAAUGUCUGUUGGAUAUGACCAUGUCUCUGUGCCAGAAUUGAAAAAGAGAGGAAUUAUUUUGGGAAACACACCUGAUGUCCUUACAGAUGCAACUGCCGAUUUGACAGUGGCAUUACUCCUAGCAACCUCACGAAGAUUGUUUGAAGCAAAUAAAGAAGCUAGACAAGGAAACUCUUCCUGGGAUACCCUGUGGAUGUGUGGACCGUCGUUAAAAAACUCUGUUGUCGGCAUUGUUGGCCUAGGCAGAAUAGGGCAUGCAGUUGCCCAAAGACUUGUACCCUUUGGCAUCAAGAAAAUUCUUUACACUGGAAGAAAGGAAAAUGAAAGUGCAACUAAAGAUUUAGGAGCAAUAUAUUCUUCUUUAGACAGCCUUCUACAACAAUCUGACUUCGUAAUUGCUUGUUGUGCACUGAACGAAAGUACACGAGAAAUGUUCAAUAAAGAUGCAUUCUCAAAGAUGAAAGACACGGCAAUAUUCAUCAAUACAAGCAGGGGUGGUGUUGUCAACCAAGAAGAUUUAAUCGAAGCGUUGAAGUCAAAGCAGAUUAAGGCAGCUGGUUUAGAUGUAACAACGCCUGAACCACUAGCAACAGAUCACGAAUUGUUUACACUAGAAAACUGUGUGGUUUUGCCUCACAUUGGCAGUGCAGAGGUGCAGACUCGAGUUGAUAUGGCAGUGCUGGCUGUGAAGAACCUUCUUGCAGCAUUAGAUGGAAAAGACAUGCCAGCCAAGGUCGUAUGAAACAGUUUGUUCCAAGAAUGUGGCCAAUCACGUUCAAAACGUUUUCUCUUGUGAUAUGACAUUUUACUCUGUUGCUAAAGUGAUGGAGGGAUACGAAAUCUAAAUGUUUUGUAAGUGCCAGGAUAAUUGUAGAAAUGUUUCUUCAUGAAAGUAGCUUAUGAAGAAAUAUAAAUGGUUUUGUUUGUCAUAUAUUGCAAUAACCCCAUAGACAU